AUGUUGAUUACUGGUCUUGUUCCUCGUAUCAUUAUUGGAUUGACUGGUAACACUUCAUUGAUGAAUUCUUUAGUUUUGUGUAAAAUUCGUACAAUGUUACAACCAGCAAGUGCCACAUUUUCAAUGAGUUGUGUUUGUUUCGCUGCUUUUGAUCGUUAUUUAUUUUCAUGUCUUGAUCUACGUCGUCAACGAUGGAUUACACUUCAACAAACUCGUUUAAUCAUUAUCAUCACAGUUAUACUAUGUCUUGUUAUAUUUUCACCAUAUCCCGUGUUUUAUACAACACCAACUUCAUCAUCUUGUUUAAUUGUUAAUUCAAUUUUUAUUUAUAUUCAACCAUUUUUAAGUUUGAUUUUCUACAAUUUAGCACCGGUGAUUAUUCUUAGCAUUAUCUGCACAUUAACUUGGCGAAAUUUAGGACAACAAAUGGUAUUUUAUUUAAGAGGACAUAAUCGUUGCUACGAUCAAAUCACUCGAUUGAUUAUUGCUCAGAUUAUUGUCAUUCUAAUUACAACUUUUCCUAUGGUAAUAUGGUUGAUUUAUAAGAUUGCAACACAAAACUUAUUCAAGAGCUCGUUUCGUCUUGCUCAAGAAGCCAUAAUCAACACUGUCUUUCUAUUACCUGCAUUUUGUCCAUACGCAAUCAUGUUCUACGUCUAUUUGUUUGUAUCACCCGUAUUUCGUCGAAAUGUAAAAUGUUUACUCUUGGGAAAACAUCGAAUUUCACCAGAAAAUCGAACAUAG